UGUGUGCCCUUGCUUCAUUCUGUGAACUCAUUUCGUCGGUGAACGCUCGGGAUUCCAGGUGAGAGCAGUGAUGGUGUCUUGGCGGGAGAUGCGUCGGACUGAUCGGGUGGCAUCUGGAAUCCUCCCUCUCCUGAGUCCUGCAUCAAUGCCAUGGCUCCUUGAUGCGGUUGCUACGGUUGCUUUGGCAGCUGCAGGCGGGCGUGCAUGUGGUGCUGUUUCCGCUGUUUUCUUUUUUCCCCCUUCUUUUUGGGCGGUGACACGGUGACAACCUAAGCCUGGCCGGGGAUUUUGCCCCUGAACGUCCGCCCCCUGACUGCCCAGACUGCUCGCUCACGGCACCAGACGAAAAGCGGGAGAGAAAGGACAGGUCACGUGGAAAUGCCUGACAUUCCAGGCCAACAAUCACAAGACCAUUGCAGGGGCAAGCAGGGGCCAGUCCGGCGCUGAGGUGUCCUCGCCUUAUCGUUCCUGCCAGC